CCUUUUACUCUUGUUUGCAGAAACCGGGUGCUGUCAAAUGGACUUGAAAUUUUCAAAGUUCAUAAUAAAACAACUUUCUUUUAUUUAAUCUGGAAAUAAGGGAAAUAAUUCUUGUUGAAUGUGAUAUUUUUAGUAUUUCCGACAAAUUGAAGUGCAAGCUGUAGUUCUCAAUCAUGGUUAUGCUCAAUUUGGAACAUUUCCCUGAUGUAUGUCGAUUGUGCUUCAAACCAGGAUCAAGCAGAAAGAUGCAUUCCACAGAUGGAAGCUUUGGUGCAAUCCAAUUGAAAAUUCAAACAUUCCUGGAUGAAGUUACUUACCGGAUAACAGAGGGUAAGGAACAAUAUGUUCCGAAGAUGGUAUGUGACACUUGUUUGGAACAGCUCACAAAUUUUGCAGUAUACCGUAACAAAUUGAUAUUGACUUUCCGAUUCAUGGAAGCUUUCAUAGAUGCCAAACAUUCCAACCCCAAGCCGCUCAUCAAUCUUUUUCAAGAUAGCCAAAGUGAACUGAACGUACUUUUUAAGGAGCUUUCGCUUUGCAGUAUGCCGGAUGCACAGGUCGAAGAUAUUUUACAGGAGUUUAAAUUGGACAAUAUAACGAAUCGUGAAAAGGUUGUAAAGGUAGAAAAAAUCGAGCCAUCUGAAUCUGAAGAUGAUGCUAUGCAAGGGAACGAUCCCGACAGCGAUUACCAAGACGGUAUUGAAAAUGAAACUAAACACUUGCCGGAAAUAGUUUUGACUGAGUGGAUUGAAACAAAACGUGAAACAAGCGAAGUUUCCGAAGACGAUGAACCACUAUCAAAAAGGAGAAAAACAAAGCCUAAAUGUUCAAAAACAGCGAAAUCUCGGCCAGCGCCGAAACGAGAACCUAAGCCACCAGGACGGCCAAGGAUUCAUCCGUUUGGGAAAAAGUUGGCAGAACCAUGGUCUUGUGAUAAAUGCAAAUUCACAACUAAGUUACGGCUCUCCGUUGACCGACACAAAGAAGUUCACGAAAGAAAGGAGAACCGCAGCAUUCCCUGUACUAUAUGUGAGCUGACGUUCAAGUCAAAAACCGAAAUGCGAGCCCAUAGUUCAACACACCCGGAGAACCAGUUCAUGUGCGAGGUAUGCGGCACUUCGCUUAGGAAUGCCCAUUCUUUGAAGGCACACAUGGAAAGGCACAAAGUAGGGGAAAAGCAAAAAUGCGAGUAUUGCGACUAUACCACACCCUUUCCGCAUUAUCUGAAGGCUCACAUGAAAAGUCACACAUCCGAAGCGAUCAAGCGAUGUGAAAUCUGUGGCGCGACACUUCGAAACGGAAGUCUACUGAAACGUCACAUGGAAACCCAUGGUAACGAACGCAAAUACCAUUGUGACCAAUGUCCGGCUAGAUUCAAUACCUCCAAUGCCCUCCGAAGCCAUCGCAAUUGUGUUCAUUUGGUCAUUCGUUAUCCGUGCGAAUAUUGCGAGAAAAGAUUCGACCAGAAGUUGACUCUUCGAGAUCACGUCGAACGUGUUCAUAAUAUACAAUGCAAUUUUCCGUGUCCCAUUUGCCUACUCACAUACGACACUCAAGAGAAGUUGGAUGUUCACGGGCAGCGUCAUGAGAACCCGAAGACUCUGGAAUGCGGAGUUUGUCUCACGAUACAUCCCAAUCAGGAAGCUUUCGACGGGCAUCUGUGCAUUACCUACCGAGAAGAUUAUACGUGUUGCAACAAGGAUUUGCGAAACCACGCUCAAUACAAUCGGCACAUGUUGACAAAACAUGGCCUCAAGACUAAUUUCCGGGUGAAACCCAUUCCUGGAGUUCUAGUUGGACAGCUGAGGAGAACCCGGAAACGUUUAUUACAGUGCCGAAAGUGCGAUAUUGCGUUCACUACCAAGGCACAGAAAGUACAACAUAUGAUAGAGUGCAAUGGAUUGGCGGGAUUGCAGCAAUCCUGUUAAGAAAUACCGAUCUUAGUUGUUGUCAGAUCCUGUAGAAGUGAUACUCGGUGCGACUGUGGUAAUGUUUCCGAAACUUCACGCGGCGGAUAUGAAAUGCCGCGUUUGAAGGAAUAUUGCAAUGCUCUUCACACGUUCCUGAAGGGAACGCUUCGUGAAUUUUGAGCAAAUCAGAUAAGUAGAAACAAUUUCAAUUGAGCAUUAAUUUACUCUAAUUUGAGCUUAACCAUAAAUUGUCUUCUUGAAUUCAAUACAUAGGUAUCAAUUGUAUAUCACUUGUCAAAGAAUUUGGUACCAGCCGAGUUCUAUUGCCAAUUAGCAUAUUAGAUUGAUAAUAGGUUGCAAGUUUCUCAGAUUUUAAUGGUGAUUCGUCAUCUGGACGUUCUUUUCUUCAAUUUACGAACAACACAUUCCUUUGAAUCAAAGGCAUUGAUAGAGUUACUGUUCAAUUGAUAUGGUUUCAUCAUAUAAAUUUACUGUUCAAUUUAAUGUUCAAAUGUAUGAGGUAAAAUUUGGACAACAUUUGAUUAGUCAUUAGUAACAUCGUACAUGCUGUUCAGAAUGAUACUUUUUUGUCCAAAAUGAAUUUGUUUGUCCUUUAUGUUAGACAUUGAUUGUCACAUUAUUUAUCAUUGUAAACAUCAUUAUUUGUAAAUAAAUAACUAUGAAAUCUAAUGGAA